AUGAAGUUUACCCGCGCUUUUCUUCUACCCACGUUCGAAUUCGAGGUAAAGAUCACACAAGAAAGUUCUGAAGGUUCUUGUGGACAGGAUGAAUUUGCAUGCCAGGAUGUAUCCUCUGGCUUGAUUUGUUUGGCACGUGACGACACCUGUGAUGGUGAUGGCUUUACACUGUGCCCAGAUGGAUCAGAUGAAUCUAACUGCCUUGCAUGCGGAAAAAGCAACAUCACUCUCAGCAACUCAAGACAGACUUCAGAAACACUGACUUUGCCUCAAUACCUAAACAACUAUCCCAACGAUGCCCGGUGCAUUUGGUUCAUCACAGUUGAUGAAGGCUCCAAGAUAGCCUUCCGUUUCUCCGUGUUCAAAAUUGUGCGAACAUACAUCACGUUGACCAUUGGCAACGGCCACGAGUCCUCCGAUAGUGACUCUAUUAUUGUUCGUUUUAGAGGUUUCCUGAAGAGUCUAGCCGUCGUUUCCAAUAACCACACGGCAUGGAUGGAGCUUACCAGCGUUUUUGUUCUAACCACGAUCGAAUUCGAGGUAAAGAUCACACAAGAAAGUUCUGAAGUUCUAUGUGGAAAAAGCAACAUCACUCUCAGCAACUCAACACAGACUUCAGAAACACUGACUUCGCCUUAUUACCCAAACAACUUCCCCAUCAAUGCCUGGUGCAUUUGGUACAUCACAGUUGAUGAAGGCUCCAAGAUAGCCUUCCGUUUCUCCGUGUUCAAUACGAUUCGAACAUACGACACGUUGACCAUUGGCAACGGCCACGAGUCCUCCGAUAGUGACUCUGUUAUUGGUCUUUUAAGCGGUUCCCUGACGAGUCUAGCCGUCAUUUCCAAUACCCACACGGCAUGGAUGAAGUUUACCAGCGAUUCUUCGGUAACCAAGAUCGGAUUCGAGGUAAAGAUCACUCAAGAAAGCUAUGAAGUUCUAUGUGGAAAAAGCAACAUCACUCUCAGCAACUCAACACAGACUUCAGAAACACUGACUUCGCCUUAUUACCCAAACAACUAUCCCAUCAAUGCCCGGUGCAUUUGGUUCAUCACAGUUGAUGAAGGCUCCACGAUAGCCUUCCGUUUCUCCGUGUUCAAUACGAAUCGAAAAUACGACACGUUGACCAUUGGCAACGGCCACGAGUCCUCCGAUUGUGACUCUGUUAUUGGUCGGUUUAGCAGUUUCCUGAAGAGUCUAGCCGUCGUUUCCAAUAACCACACGGCAUGGAUGGAGUUUACCAGCAAUUUUUCUCGAACCGCGAUCGGAUUCAAGGUAAAGAUCACACAAGAAAGUUCUGAAGGUUCUUGUGGACAGGAUGAAUUUGCAUGCCAGAAUGUAUCCUCUGGCUUGAUUUGUUUGGCGCGUGACGACACCUGUGAUGGUGAUGGUUUUACACUGUGCCCAGAUGGAUCAGAUGAAUCGAACUGCCUUCCAUGCGGAAAAAGCAACAUCACUCUCGGCAACUCAACACAGACUUCAGAAAUACUGACUUCGCCUUAUUACCCAAACAACUAUCCCACCAAUGCCCGGUGCAUUUGGUUCAUCACAGUCGAUGAAGGCUCCACGAUAACCUUCCGUUUCUUCUUGUUCAAUACGGAGCGAACAUGGGACAAAUUGACCAUUGGCAACGGCCACGAGUCCUCCGAUGGUGACUCCGUUAUUGGUCUUUUUAGCGGUUCCCUGAUGAGUCUAACCGCCGUUUCCAAUAACCAAACGGCAUGGAUGGAGUUUACCAGCAAUUCUUUGGUAACCAAGAUAGGAUUCGUGGUAAAGAUCACUCAAGAAAGCUAUGAAGUUCUAUGUGGAAAAAGCAACAUCACUCUCAGCAACUCAGCACAGACUUCAGAAACACUGACUUCGCCUUAUUUCCCAAACAACUAUCCCAUCAAUGCCCGGUGCAUUUGGUUCAUCACAGUUGAUGAAGGCUCCACGAUAGCCUUCCGUUUCUCCAUCUUCUAUACGGAGAAAACACACGACACGUUGACCAUUGGCAACGGCCACGAGUCCCCCGAUAGUGACUCUGUUAUUGGUCUUUUUAGCGGUCCCCUGAUGAGUCUAACCGCCGUUUCCAAUAACCACACGGCAUGGAUGGAGUUUACCAGCAAUUCUUUGGUAACCAAGAUAGGAUUCGUGGUAGAAAUCACUCAAGAAAGCUAUGAAGUUUCUUGCAGACAAAAUGAAUUUAAAUGCAAGGAUAACUCAUCUGGCUUGAUUUGUUUGACACAUGACGUCACCUGUGAUCGCUUUGCACUGUGCCCAGAUGGAUCAGAUGAAUUUUAUUGCGAUGACUGUGGACCGCGUAACAUCGGCGUCGACAUAGAUCUCAUUAACCUCAAUUCACCGCGCUACCCAGACGGGUACCCGAAUAACCACAACUGCAGCUGGCUCAUCAAAGGUCAGUCGAAGCAACUAGUCACUAUGCGGAUCAAGGAUUUCGAAAUGGAGGAAACGUACGAUUAUUUGGAGGUCGUUUUUCUUAGGAAUGGGGAGGAUCCCAAAGAGCGCUUCCGUCUUACGGGGGCGGAUGUCUCGAGGCGGACGGUGACGUGGCGUCAUGAUGACGGAGUUCUCAUGUUGGAAAUGAAGACGGAUCUAACCAUCGCACGUCGAGGGUUCUCUAUUCUGAUAAAUCAUAUUAAAGAAGAGGAUUUGGAGGCAUUGUGUCAACCUGAUGAGUUCCAUUGCGGCAAAGGCUUUUGUGUCACCAAUUCUUCCCGCUGCAAUGGUUACCUUGACUGCAUAGAAGAAGAAGAUGAACUUAAUUGCGACGACAUCUUCUGCCCAGGUUCCUACAAGUGCAACAACCUCAACACCAGUUCAAUGUCUUCUUCCUUCACUGGCAACUUUACUCAGGCGCAGUGCAUUCCACUGGCGCAAGUUUGUGACGGAGAGGAGAACUGCCCAGAGUCUGACGACGAAAUUCAGUGCGAUGUGAAGCGAUGUCCCGCUGGUUGCAAGUGUAGCUACAAGGGCUCAGACUUGGUAGUCCAUUGCAACAAUGGCUGGGAUUCCUCGACAUUAGCGGGCUUGGCACUAAUAACACAUACUCUUCAGCUCUCCGGAGUCAACAUUAGUAAGCUGGACCAGGGAGUGUUCAAAGCGAUAUCACAUCUCAAAGUGUUGUCAUUAAAAAACAAUCGCAUAACCGAGAUUCAAGAACGCACAUUUGACGGCCUGGAAAACCUGUUGUGGCUGGACCUGUCAAAUACAUUGAUAACUGAGCUGCAAGGUUCUGCUAUGGAGGAAUUGUCUAGUCUACGGGGAAUUACAAUUUUUGAUGUGCCAUUGACGAGAAUCAAGACAAAUGCAUUUGAUGGUCUCAGCCAGGUGAAAACAUUGAUAAUUGUCCGCAACAUCGAAGGCCUGCCACCACUUGUAGUAGAAGAUGGUGCAUUUCAAGGACUUGAUAAUGUGGCAGAGUUGUAUGUAGAUGACCACAGACUGUGUUGUUUCUUCCCCUCGUCCGAGUGUAAGACGCUCGAGCCACAGCCUCCACUUUUUAUGUGCAGCGAACUGAUGCCUAAAAUGGUCCUCAAAGUAUUCAUGUGGAUUCUUGGUGUUAGCCCCCUUAUCGGCAACAUCUAUGUAAUGGUGUGGCGAUAUCGGGAAAGGUCGAAGGGCAGAGAAAGUCGAAUCGUUCAGUCUUUCCUGGUGUUUAAUCUAGCCGUGUCGGAUGCCCUCAUGGGGUUGUACAUGCUGAUCAUAGCCAGCGCCGAUGUGUAUUUUGGAGAGCGUUAUUUUGAAGUGUCUAUGGAAUGGCGGACGAGCCCCAUGUGCAAGAUUGCUGGGUUUAUUUCCAUCAUCGGCAGCGAGGCUUCUGUGUUCUUUCUCACCCUCAUCAGCAUCGACAGGUAUCUUGCAAUCGUCCACCCGUUAAAAAAAUACAAUCUUUGUCCGGAGUCUUCUCGGAUUGCUGCAUUGUGUGUCUGGAUUGGUACGGUGAUCGUUGGACUGGUCCCAACAAUACUUGCAUCCGACUCUUCAUCUGAUGUUUACGGCCUCUCUGAUGUUUGCAUUGGGCUGCCACUGAUGACUAAAGUUACUGAAUAUGAGACGGUGGAUCAGCAGAUUGAUGCUGGGGGCGUGGCGAACAUCACUGUGGGGAUACCGUAUCCUGUCGAUUACCGAGCUUCCUGGUUCUUCUCCAUCGCUCUGUUCCUUGGGGUCAACCUUCUGUGCUUCACCGUAAUCCUCAUCUGCUACAUUGCCAUCUUCAGGCGAGUCCGGGCAUCGAGCAAGAAGGUGAACAGCAGUAGCCGGGACGAUGAACAGCGUUUGGCCAUCAAGAUGGCCGCCAUCAUCCUGACGGAUUUUGUCUGUUGGGUACCCGUCAUCAUCAUGGGUAUUCUGUCACAGGCCCGCGUGGUGGAGAUACCAACGGAAGCCUAUGCCUGGAUUGUCGUUUUCAUCCUUCCCAUCAACUCCUCUCUCAACCCCUACCUCUAUACCAUUGCAGAUCUGUGCUACCAACAACAGAAAGCUGCUUCUGUAAGGAGGAAGUAUGAGCUGGCCAUGAAGAACGCUCGUUCCAAUUCAGAGAACCGAUCAAAUGUUCCUGUUGUGAAAACUGUGACCUCAGAAACCCAAUUAUAA